ACGCGUUGGCCGCAAGGUGUGAACAGGCCAGCGCUCGGAAGGCGCGGGAGGGCCUGCUGGUUCUUUAUAUGCCAGUUAGGAGGUUGGUUGGCGAACAGAACCAUUGCAGUAACCUCGAGCUCCUUUGCCUUCUCGCUCAUCUCUCGCACCGUCUUGCUCUUGCGUCUGCGUUGCCUACAUCUUGCCCGUAUCUCAAGUUAAGCAGUUUCUUAUCACCAGUUCAAACGAUGGCUUCCACAAGCGUUUUGAGGUCCGUUGUAGUCAUCUUCGCAGUUGCGUCUAGUUUGGUAGCAAUGGCCAAUGCACAGGCUGCCUCUCCGUCACCUGCACCUGACAGUGCUGGUAACUUAUCGAUUGUGCCUUCUAUUGUAGCACCCGUAAUGGGGAUGGUUAUUACGUUCUUCGCGAGCCGCAUGCUUUGGUAAGCAUGCUGAAUGUCUGGCAUCUCGAAUGGGAAGUUACACCCAAGCUAUGGAGAAUAAUUUUGUAAUGUAAUUCAGGUUUCGGCAAAGGUCGGUGCCAUAGAAAUUGUUUUGUACGGCACAGGACCUAUGAAGCCAUGUUAGACCAAAUUUUUUGCUUGCUUCACAAGGCGUGUCAUUUGUGCUCGGUUCUUUCAGAACAGAAAUACCGUGUACAGACUUUUAUAACCUUGAUGGAGGCAUAGCGAGUAGAUUUCGAGUCCUCGGUGGAAAGCUUAGUCAACUGAUUUGUUAUUUGGCUUUUCGUAAAUUUGGACGUUUCUGGUGAAUAACAUUAUUUUCAUUCUAUUCAUUUC